UUUUUAAAAAUUCUUGAGGUUAUUUUUUGACGCGUUAACACGGAGCGUUGGAGCGUUGGCUCAAAGCCAGGCGUGGACUAGCCGCCAGUCAGUUGGCCAAGAUCGCGCGAGUUGCUUGGACACGCGGGCACCACACCACCACUACCGACUACUGACCCAGUUACCAAGUUACCAAGUUAACAACUAACCAAGUAACGCCAAGGUACCUGUUGGAACCUGAGCUCCCCCUGGGGUUUGGAUCCUACUAACUGAACGAGCAAACGCUAAAACCGUCCCUGGAAAUGUGCGAAAUCGGCACCUGACUUGCUGCUGACUUAACCGGAGCAUCAGUUCCCAGCAUUGUUUGCAGAACCACAAAAGGCCACAACUUGGAUUGGUAGAAUCAAAGAAGCUUCAAGGAAAACCCUUCCAUAACAAAACACCUCAGCAACCCGUUUCCUGAUCGUAUUUCAAAGCCAACUAUGUCGGAGGCUGUCACGCCGCCAGGAGCAGGAUCAGGCGCAGGAACACAACCAGAAUCAGGAUCCUCUGGAUUUCCACCGGGCUUUGAUCCCACCGGUGAGGCAAGCGAGAAAACUCUCUGUUUUCACGGCUUCUGGGCCUGGUUAGUACUCCUCAUCCUAGUUGUUCUUUGCACGGCUGUCAUUAUGUGGCUAUUGCGCAAGUGCAUCCAGGGUCCAAUGUACCGGAAGGCUAAUAGGAUCGAUGGCAAGGUGGUAAUCGUAACCGGCUGUAAUACUGGGAUUGGCAAGGAGACCGUUCUGGAGCUGGCCAAACGUGGUGCCAGGAUCUAUAUGGCCUGUCGGGAUCCAUCACGCUGUGAGGCUGCCCGGUUGGAGAUUAUGGAUCGCAGUCAUAAUCAGCAGUUGUUCAACAGGACACUGGAUCUGGGAUCCUUGCAGUCGGUGAGGAAUUUCGUGGAGCGCUUCAAGGCGGAGGAGACCAAGUUGGAUUUGUUGGUUAACAAUGCCGGUGUAAUGGCCUGUCCAAGGACCCUCACCGCCGAUGGCUAUGAGCAGCAGCUGGGUGUUAACCACUUGGGUCACUUCCUGCUCACAAAUCUGCUGCUCGAUCGGCUCAAGCAAAGUGCACCCAGUCGGAUUGUGGUGGUCAGUUCGGCGGCUCAUCUCUUUGGUCGCAUCAAUCGUGAGGAUUUGAUGAGUGAAAAGAAUUAUGGAAAGUUCUUUGGAGCUUAUAGUCAAUCUAAAUUGGCCAAUAUCCUGUUCACCAGGAAGUUGUCAACGAUUCUAAAGGACACUGGCGUCACUGUCAACUGCUGUCAUCCGGGAGUGGUGCGUACCGAGCUUAAUCGUCACUUUGCUGGACCUGCUUGGAUGAAGAGUGUCCUUCAGACGGGUUCACUGUACUUCUUCAAGUCCCCACGUGCCGGUGCACAGACCUCACUGAAGCUAGCCUUGGAUCCUAGCCUGGAGAAGUCCACCGGUGGCUAUUAUUCGGACUCCAUGCGAUGGCCAUUGGUACCGUGGGCCACCAAUAACGACACUGCCGACUGGCUGUGGCGGGAAAGCGAACGGUUGGUGGGUUUGCCACCACUGGAGGCACCCAGGAAUGGGAGUGCCAAUGGUAAUGGCACCUCAACGAAUGGAGCCAAUGGAGCAAGUGGAGCAAGUGGAGCCAGGGACAUGCAGUCCGUGGAGACGGUCGUGGUCAGCCGUUCGUAGCCGUAGCCUUUAGUUAUCGAGAAUGGAGCGAAGACCUUGCUCUUUAUAUAUUUUUAAACAUAUCGCGUGU